AUGUAUCUCUCCUCCAGUCAGCGCCUUCACUAUAAAGUUGUGCAGAUUUUUCUCCUCUUGCUGAUAGCGAUUGGGGCAUCUUUUUCCCAAUAUUCCACCAAUGCUGGAAAACAAUAUCCCCCGCAAAAUCAGCAACCGCCUAGCUCUGGUCAUGGGUCCAUACCUAGCACUGGUAACCCGUUGCCCCCCUCUCAAGGACCAAUACCAUCUGGAAACGGAAUUCCAGGUGGAAAUAUUUUUCCUGGAAGCGGAAUUCCGAGUGGAAACAUUUUUCCUGGAAAUGGUGGAGCGUGCAAUCCGCAGCAGAAUCAGAUGGGAUCUCAGUCAAAUUCACCAACUCCUCAAAGUGCAGGACCUGUCAACAUUCUUGGAGGCUUUCCACAGAGUAAUGGCGUUUCUUUAGGAAAUGAUCAAACUCCAAGCAAUAGUCCUUCUUUUGGAAACGGUCAAAUGCCUUCUGGUGAAGGUGGCUCAUAUCAGCAGGAUGCGUCGGCUUCUGUCGCUGAUUUUGGACCUAGAGGGGGGUUCGGUUUUAGACGUGACGACGAUUUUAAUAAUCGAGAUUUUGAUCGUCCCCGUUGGGGCGAUAGAGGUGGGUUUGGAUGGGGUGAUAGAGGCGGAUUUGGGUGGGGUGGUUGCGUUCCGUGCCCUUUUUCUCCGCCUUGCGAUUGCCCAUUUGGCUACUUUUGCCAAUACCUGCCAAGAACAUGUUUUUCCUGCUCCCGCUACAAUUGCGUGCGCAGAUUCUUCUAA